GAUCCCCGCUAAAUCUAAAAAUAAGGAACAUCUUUAAAAACGUUUUGCGGUAGAAACAAAGCCUUCCAAACCUAUUCAACGGGCGAGAAUAUUUCCGAGAAUGAUAUGGAUAGGGGGCUUAAGCGGAACAUCAGAAGUACACACUUGUCAGGAGGUCGGGUCGCGGUGCGCGCGUGAUGUGUCGCUAACCGAUUAUGGUGGACAGUCGGUCCCUGAUUUGACCGCGUGACUGCAAAAUGUCUGGGCAAAGGCGGCGAGGCACAAAAGAAAUGUAGCUCUACAAGACCUACCCUGUCACAUUCGAUUAUUAAUGUUGGAAAGUGUAGGUUACACCUAACUAUAUUAUCUUCCUGUUCCGAAUAGCCAUUAGCGUCACCUGUGAUUUUAGAAGUAUUUUUAUUCUUUUAUUGCCUGUUUUCUACUCUAUCUCUUCAAAGGUCUGCUUUGAAAAAGGAAAUACGAGCUAGACGGAACGGUCCAGAUUUAGGUUACUUGCUAUAAACCGCAGGAAAUCUAAUGCAAUGAAUCAAAAUAUAACAAACUUUCUACGGGCGCAUUUCCUGUUAUUUCCGGUGUGCGUUCAAGAAAGAAAAACAUCAGUACAAUACAACCAGCUGACCAUGUCCGUGCUUUAUGGAUACCAAGCAUAGAUUUAAGAGUUUAUAUUUGUAAACAUUUAAUGUUUGAGGCAGGCAAACAGUCAUACUAACCAACUCACAAAUCUAAACAACGGUCCAUACGUAUCUGGAAAAACUACCUCUGCCGCUCGUAAUGAGAUCAAUAGGAAGACAUACAACCAACAAAGUUGCCCAGAUUAUCUCGCAAAUUUAUCAGGGACUAGCCAAAUGAAUACUACCCAUAUGGUUAUCGCUGAAAAACCGUGCCGUAAUAUUCCCUACCACACCCCGACAAAGCACGGCACUUGAUAACGAGUUCCCCCUGAAACAUGUGUUGUCUCACAAAGGUUCUGGUGCCUUAAUCAGAUAAAAUGACGUAAAAGAGGAUACAAGAGGCUUACAGUUGAAGCGGGGAGACGAUAAAGGUGACAGCAAAAGUCUAAAGACAGGCAUCGACAUUGUAUUUUCUGUCUUACCCGCAAAACAUUCUAUAGCAACAAAACGCCAUGAAAAUCAAGAAUUAGGAACAUGUUCAUGCAACGACAAAUGCAUCCGCACUGAAACCGUUUUUAAAAUGCUGGCUUCUUGCGUUCGCUGGUCGUUGUUCUUAUGGACGUGGUCUGGCCUCUUCCCGGAGAUUAACUCCGGUGCCACUAACAGCGAACAGGACCGCUACGUUCCACUGACCAUCCGUGUUCCUCUGAUGUUGGGUUUGCCCUCUCAACGGCCACUGCACUUGUACCGGCAGGACUCCACCAAAGCGGCAAGAGGACGCAGAGAAGCGCGUGGUAUUGAUUUUGCUAUUGUUGACAACCUGCGCGGAAAAUCUGGACAGGGUUACUACAUGGAGAUGGCCGUGGGGAGUCCGCCGCAAAAGUUGAACUUCCUGGUGGACACUGGCAGCAGCAACCUUGCAGUGGGAGCAGUGGCUCAUCCCUUCAUUCAAAGAUACUACCACCGCUCGCUCUCCAGUUCGUACCGAGACCUUAGCCAGAGGGUGCAUGUUCCGUACCUGCAGGGGCGCUGGGAGGGCCAGCUGGGCACAGAGCUGGUCUCCUUGCCCCAGAUCCGUAACGUCUCUCUGCGAGUCAACAUUGCUGCCAUCACGUACUCCGAGCGCUUCUUCAUCAGCGGGUCAAACUGGGAGGGCAUCCUGGGGCUGGCGUACGCCCAGAUCGCGCGACCUGAUGAGACCCUGGAGCCCUUCUUCGACACUGUGGUGCGGCAGAUAGGCGUGCCCAACCUGUUUUCCCUGGAGCUGUGUGGCACUGCCUACAGCCAGAACUCCACCCGGGGCAGUGCAGCCAUAGGGGGAAGCAUGAUCCUUGGAGGGGUGGACCCUUCCCUGUUUGUUGGGGAGUUUUGGUACACCCCUGUCCGCCGGGAGUGGUACUACGAGGUCAUCAUUGUGCGCAUUGAUGUGAAUGGACAGGACCUCGGUAUGGACUGCAAGGAGUAUAAUAAUGAUAAAAGUAUCGUGGACAGCGGCACCACCAACCUCCGAAUCCCUCGUAAGGUCUUCCAGGCUGUGGUCAACAGCAUCAAAGACGUCUCCUCUACGCAGAAGUUCCCGUCUGGUUUCUGGGUGGGGGAGAAGCUGGUCUGCUGGCCGACCGGCACCACACCCUGGCCCAUCUUUCCUGUCAUCUCUCUCUACCUCAUGAGCGAAAACAAAAACCAGUCCUUCCGCAUCUCAAUCCUGCCCCAGCAGUACCUGAGGCUGGUGGAGAAAGUGGCAUCGGCAGGUGACGACUGCUACAAGUUCGCCAUCUCUGAGUCUGACACCGGCACCGUCAUGGGGGCCAUCGCCAUGGAGGGGUUCUAUGUAGUGUUUGACCGCCAGCACCGACGCAUCGGAUUCGCCAUCAGCAGUUGCCAUGCGCACGACGAGCUCCGCAGGGCAUUUGUGGAGGGGCCGUACCAUGGGGUCAGCCUGGAGGACUGCGGGUACAACGCCAAAGCGGAGGAGUCCGCCCUCAAGAUCGCUGCCUAUGUCAUGGUCAGCAUCUGUGCAAUCGUCGCUCUGCUCCUCUGUGUCAUGCGCUCCUUCAGGAGUGCUGCAUCUGCUACCUCUGACCACUAGGGGGCAGCAAUUCUGCAGACAGCAUCUCCCUCAAACAGAACGGAGCACCAAGAGGAGUCGGCGAAAACGGAUAUCCCCGCGUGCCAGAUCUGCCGUCGUGUCUUGACACUGCAAAAUGAAAUCGACAGGAGACGAGGCGAGAACGUACUCGGAGUAGAUUUUUGCUGGGUGCUGUUCCGGGGCUCUUGUCCGUUCUCUCACUACUACGAAUUUCAGUGAUGUUCAUAUGUGCGUUGAGUGAAGUUAACCGAAUAGUUACUGGAGGAACCAGAAUCCGCUGCACUCAGAUUCCAUAGGAUUGAGGCUAUACGUUCACCCUGCUGAUUUGUGAACGCUAACAGUAGUGAUGGCAGGUCUGGAGAGGAACUGGAUUUUGGCCAAAGGUAGACAGAGAUGGUUGCUUAGUGCUUGGUUAGUGUGCCUCUGUGUAUGUCCAUACACAGUAUGAGGCUACCUUGGAGGGACUGGGGACAGGUGAAUUUAGCCGUUUAUAUAAAACAUGUCCUCGCCAGCUCAUACAAAGAAGUGUUAACUUAAGAUUAAAAUGCAAAAAAGCACCUUAUAUACAUGUAAGGGUAAAUACCUUAUGAAAAAUAUGAAUACAAAAAAAAUAGAUUUGAUCUGGUGAUAUUGUGGCUGAUAUUGUGUCAAGACUAUUAUAUCUGAAUGCUGGAUACAUGUUAAAAAAUAUUUACUCCACCUAGAAUCUUGAAUCAGCAGUUGUUCUCUUGGGAAGGUUGAGGUGUGAGGUGUCCACACAUUCCUCUGAGUACAAAUACGGUUAAUUUUAUAGGUACAGACCUGCAUGAAUGUACACCAGAAGGAAUCAGUUAAGAAAUCUGGAGUCUUGUGUUUAACUGACUUUUCAAUAAGCAAGAAAAUGCUCAGGAUGUCAGUCUAACUGAUUUAGGCCUCCAGACGAAAUAAUGAAGAGCCUAAUUACAGUAGUCAUCUGUAACUGUAAAUGAUCAGUCAGUUAAUAAAUAAUUUAAUACAGCCUGUCUCCUGGAUCUUAAAUGCCACUCUAGCAUUCCCUUGCCUUUGUCAUGAUCUCAGAUUGGUGUCCCACACAGAAUACAGACUUUCCACUCCAGGUCGAGAGGAAACCAGAUGAAAUGGGGAGAUACUAGCAGAAUGCCUAAUUAACUCAUGAAAUGUAAUGUGUUACAUUUUGUAACUAAACUCAAACAAAACAAGAAUUUUUACUUCAUGUUCUAGGAAGCCCCGUGGAUAAAGGA